GGUGGAAUUCCUUUCGAGUUGGGUAAUUUAAACGGUCUUGAAAUUUUGGAGCUUGGAGGAAAUAAAUUGAGUGGAUUAAUUCCAUCGGCGAUUUUUAACAUCUCAUCCAUGAAGAAGAUGGGUUUUUCAAACAACAAACUAUUGGGGAAUCUCCCACCAACCUUGGGCUCACAACUUCCAUAUCUGGAGUGUCUUAGUGUUUGGGGUAAUAGCCUCAAUGAAACCAUCCCACCAUCCAUCUCCAAUGCUUCUAAACUUUAUCAUAUUGAGCUAGUUGAUAACGAAUUCUCUGGUCGUGCUCUCAAUGCCAUUGGCAAUCUGCGAAUGCUCGAAGAACUUCACAUCUUCAAUAACCCUAACCUAGGCAACAUUCCAGAUGAAAUAGGAAAUUUGAGCCACCUAAUCGGAUUCGAUCUCUCAUUCAAUCGGCUGACAGGAACCAUCCCACAGGUUGUACACAAAAUGAAGAAGCUCCAACUAUUGUACCUUUAUGACAAUGAGUUACACGGAGCCAUUCUUGACCAACUUUGUGAGUUACAAGCAUUGUCCGAGUUAUAUAUGGAUAAUAACAACCUCUCUCAACAAAUCCCAAAAUGCUUCUCCAAUUUGACAUCCUUAAGAAGACUUUCCUUGGAAUUUACUAGGUUAGAAUCUGAGAUACCUUCAUCAUUUUGGGACCUUACCUACUUGUUUGGUUUCUCUCUAGCUGGAAAUGAUCUGAUCGGUUCUCUUCCUCAGCAAGUUGGCAACUUCAAAGGCUUGGUCUUCUUGGACUUAUCAGGAAAUCAAUUAUCAGGUGACAUACCGGUAAGCAUUGGGGGUCUUCUUGAUUUGCAGGACUUGUCUUUUGCAAAGAACCAUUUUCAGGGUCACAUUCCAAAAUCCAUGGGGAACUUGGUAAGCUUAGAGACCUUGGAUUUAUCAGCCAACAAUCUCACAGGUGUCAUCCCAAAAUCCAUGGAAUCCUUAAGGUAUCUACAAUUUCUCAACCUAUCUCAAAAUAGAUUACAAGGAGAAAUUCCAAAUGGAGGCACAUUUGCAAACUUGUCUUCGGAUUCGUUUGAGUUGAAUGCUGGCUUAUGUGGCUUGCCCAAGUUUGGAGUUCCGUCAUGCCCAGAACCAAUAAGAGAGAAUCUAAAACACAUAAAGUACUUUGGCAAGCUACACAUUGUAGUGCUCAAAGUCAUUUUGCCAUUGGUGAUUGUUGCUUCUUUUGCUUUAUUUAUGGUGAUAGUUGGGCGAAAAAAGAAGUCAAAGAAAGUAAAGGAAGAACCACUGCCUUCAUUUAUAUGGAGAAUGAUUUCUUUGCUCGACCUUCAAAGAGCUACUAAUGGAUUUGAUAGCUGCAACUUGUUGGGUAGGAGAAGCUUUGGCCAAGUGUACAAAGGGGAACUAGCAGAUGGCACAAAUGUAGCAGUAAAGGUGUUUGAUGAUUUUGAAGGAGAAGUAGAUGAUGUAACAACAAGUAAUACCGAAUGUGAAGUUAUGCGAAAUCUCCGUCAUAGGAACUUGAUCAAGAUUAUUAGCACUUGUUACACAACAGGUUUCAAAGCAUUGGUACUGGAGUUUAUGCCUAACGACAGUUUGCAGAAGUGGUUAUAUUCGCACAACUACUUUCUUGACAUUUUUCAGAGGUUGGAUAUUGUGAUAGAUGUUGCAUCGGCUCUUGAAUAUCUCCAUCAUGGAUAUUCGGUUCCAGUUGUUCAUUGUGAUUUGAAGCCGAGUAAUGUGUUGUUGGAUGAAGAUCUCGUUGCUCACUUAAGUGAUUUCGGGAUUUCCAAACUCCUUGGAGACGGAGCCUCCAUGAUGAGAACAUUGACCCUUGCUACAAUAGGGUACAUGGCACCAGGUAUCAUAAUACAUUUUUUUUAUAAUUAUUGUUUGCUUAUAUUGAAAUCACAUUCAAUUAUUGAUUUCAAAGUUUUUGAAUGCAUUAUAGAGUUUGGCAUGGAGGGAAUAGUGUCGACAAAGAGUGAUGUUUACAGUUUUGGGGUUCUAGUGAUGGAAGUAUUCACGAGAAGAAACCCAACAGAAGGAUCAUUUCAAGCGGAGACGAGCAUGAAAUAG